AUGGAAACGGAGCCGCGCCACACGCAGUGGGAAUGGUGUAAGGCGGCCUUGCAGUGUGACUCCAUGGUAACAUGCGAUGGGUUACCAGCGUUUACAAUCCUUAUGUUUGUCGGACUGCUUACAGACGAGAACAAAUCGUUCGUGAACUUGUGCAUUCCCAUAUCAUUGGCAUACCAGGCACAUGUACUUCCCAAGAUGCGGUUGGCAUUCCAGUGUCCCAGACACAGGUGGGCACGCAUUUGUGGAUUGAGUGGGGGCGCAGAGCAGGGAGGGCUGAACAAGCCGCUGGUGUGGCUAUUGCGCUACGUCGGAAUGUAUUCCAUGAUCGGAAUGUCAGACAAGUUUAUCAGCCUCCUGAAGAACUGGCGGGCAGGUUCGGGGCAGUGCGGCUUGUUCGUGGUGAUGUGGACUUGUGCGCAAUUGUCGUGUAUCAGUAUCCUGAGCCUCACCCCCCCAACACAGAUGCUCAGCGCAGACAGGCUAAGCGCCUGUGGAUGUAUGUGGCUGCUUUUCUUGACAGGCUUCCUCAUAGAUGCCUUCCUGUCCUCCUCCUGGAUGCAAACGGGCACACAGGGCUUCAUCGGCAUGAGGGCGGAUUUGCACACAUCAAUAGUGAAGCAGUGGGGCAAGCGGACGCCGCGCUUGAAAAUUUCAAUGGAUGCGUUGCAGGGCGUGCGUAGGCCACAGUUCCUUGCGGACGUUGAAAUUGCUUGUGAGCAGGCGUUGCAGAAGCUUGAGCUUCCUGUGCUACAGCGACCCACUGUUGUUUUUCAGGCCUUGCAUGAUGCAUUGGCGCAGGCGACCAAACUGCAUUACUCUGGUGGUGCAAAAACUAAGUGUGAUCGACCUGCUGAUACGCGGGAGGCGCUGUUCCAUACCCAGGCAGCCAAGACAUGCCUUGUUCAGACUGUGCUUCCUGCUGCUAGUCGUGACUCACUGCAGUUUUUGGCCAACCUUCUCCAACAGUGGAAGCGAUUGGCAGCCUUCUGGAGGGCACGUCGGGCUUCAGAUGUGCUUGUCAAGCGCGAUCGUGAAUCAUGGAGGCAGGCGCGCGUUGCCGAACUCAACUAUUUUUGGCACAAGCGGGAUUUCAAGGGAUGCUACCGUGUCAGCCGACUUCUCUCGGGCUUCAGACUUGGACCUAAGCGACGCAGGUUUGACAGGCCAAAAUCUGUGCAGCCAACAUGUUCGGACUGGUUGUCGUAUCUGCAACAAGACGGGCCUGAUGGUGGUUGCCAGGCCAAGUCCAUUGAUUGGGAGGACGUUUUUCAAAAAGCAUGCCAGCCCAGGACCCUGGUGCGUGCACUUGAUGCAGCCAAAGAUCUUGCGUGGCACGAUUUUCACGGAAUUUGCCAGCGGGGUCGUCGAUUGCAGCUUCGAAAGGGGUAUCCUUCCUGGGGCAUGCCAGCAGAGGUUUGGCGACAAGUUCUUUUUCCAACCUGGAAAUUUUCUCAAGUCAGGUUCGGAAUUGGCUACGCUGACAGAUGCUCGUUGCCUAAUGGCCACUUUCAGAAACUCUUUCACCAGCUGCUCCUCUCUAUCAGGAGUUACGACGAAGUUCCUGUACAAUGGCAAAGGAGCGAGGUCAUUGAGUUGGAUAAGCACAAUGGCAAAGCAAAAUGCGCUGGUGUUCGCGCCAUCAACAACUUGGACACUAUGGGCAAACUCUACUUCGGAUGGCUCGGAGGCAGAUGCAAACAACAGCAUCUCCGGCACUAUGCCGCGGGAUACAUUCGUAACAAAAGCCGAUUGGAUGCGAUGCUGGUGCAGAACGCUACUGCGUGGCGAGCAAAGAAACACGGCUUGUCCGUUCUCACCUCCUCGCAUGAUGUUGCCAAUGCCUUCUACAGUCCGCUUCGCAGCGUCCUACACGAUUGCGUUGAGCGAGUUGCGCAGCCAGUGGAUGCAUCUCUUCUUCAGCAGCGGCACAGCGAAGCUUACAUGUGCAUCAAAGCGUGUGAUGGCAAUAUCAAUGUGCAGCCACAGACUGGCAUUCUACAAGGAGAUGGGUUCGCUUGCGAACAUUUCCUUCUUGCCUAUCAUCCAGCGAUUGACGAGUACUGCGCUGACAUGCUUACAGCGGUGGGCGAGGAGUUUGUUUCAGUGGACCCGGUGUCACAAGAACGUGUUGACUGUUCCUUGUCUUCAUACGCCGAUGAUGUUUGCAAAAAACAUGUGGUCUCGAAUCCUGACGAUAUGGCCUUUCGUUCUGGCUUGUCCAACUGCUUGUUCGACGCCGCUCUGUCCAAGGUCGGCAUCGCGCAAAACGCAGACAAGCAAGUUCAUCAUGUUCUCUUUUGUGGACAAGGCUCAGACGAUUUCAUGCGAGCCGCUUAUUCUCAAGCUUUGGUGGCGGGCGGUAUGCACAGGACCAUUAAGUAUUUGGGUGGCAUUUCGCAGUAUGCUGGAGGCAAUGGGCCGGAAAUCACUGCUCGUGUCCGGGCAGCGCAGGGUGCAUGGUGCUCUUAUGGGAAACUGUGGUCCAGCCCCAAGGUGGCCGCAAGGCCGUUGGUCACCAUAUUCAAGAGCAGUGUGUAUUCACAUGUGGUUUCAGGCCUGGAGGCUCGGGUGCUCCACAAAGGCGAGUACGACAGGCUGGAUAGAUGUGUUCUCUCCAAGGGUAGGAAAGUCAUGCGUGGUGAUGCUUGUGCCAAAAUCUUGUCGGAAGAUGGGCAGAUCGCUUAUCAUGCAGUACCGUCGCACAAAGUUUGGAGGUUCUUGCAGUUGGUCCCGUCAAGCAUUGAACUGCGAGUCCGGCGGCUCAAACUCUGGCAGGCUGUGGCGAGAUGUCCGCAUAAACAUGUGCAACUUCUUGCGGCUGUCUUUGGACGGUUUUCGUUCGAGACUUUGCCUACACUGGAUUGUCACGGUAGGCUUGCGCAUGGCUGCAAUCCUUGGGCGGUGCAGUUUCAGCAGGACAUCCAAGCAUUGGGGGAAGUGGACGACGGUGUGCGUCUGGUGCAAGAUCUGGCGGGUAGCUGCGUUCGAAUGUUCACUGAUCUGCGAGAACAGUUCAUGGCAGUUGAUUGCACGGUGUUACGGCGCCAGUUCUUGUGUGUGGCUAUCCCACCACCGGGAUUUCAAGAUACCAUCCCCCCUACAGUGCCAGAUGUCCUGCUCGAGGCUGACUUGCAGUUCGCCUGUGACUGCAAGCUUGAUGACGGGAGCAUUUGUUCUGCCAAGUUCGCGUCGCGGCAUGCUUUGGCUGUCCACAAGUUUUUCACAAAGAACGGGACUCAUGGUCAAAAUAGUGUGGCAUAUCAGGCUGCCGUCAGCAAUGUGUGCCCCUGGUGUCGCUGCAUCUUUGUUGACAAGCGUUGUGCCAAGCAGCACAUACAGAGAUCUUUCAAGCAUGGACGAUGUAAGGGUAAAGGGUGCACCACUGUACAUCAGAUUCAGCCUGUUGAUGAUAUGUCGUGUCCAUAUUGCCAAGCAGAGCAUGACACCAUGGAUGGCUUGUUGCAGUGCAUCACUACACAUGUUGCUGGGCCUACCCCAGCCCAAGCUGCAGCUCAGGACGCAGUUCCCCCCCAGUAG